CACCUUUCCCUUCCUCUGCAGAAAUGUACCCUCCCUUUAAACCAUUACGAAGCCUGAGCGAUCAAAGGAAGCAGGAAAUCCCAGGUAAGAAUCUGCAGCUGCGCUUAAAUACAUUCCACAGUCACCCCAAAGCUUCAUUCAAAACAGCACUCGUGAACUUGUCUAACAAGUGUGAACGCAAAUAGCUAACAAUAAAGCAAUCUGCGAAAGCAUGUAAACACAGCCAGGGUAAAUGUAUGAGGAUUUAAAAAAAGAAAAACUCCUUAAUUUAAUUUUAUGACCCACAGGGCAUUAGUUGUAUAUUCUACCGUAUUCUCCACGCGCGAAAAAGAAUUAGAAAGCAACAUUGUAGCACGUUCUGGCAUUUGUAAUUUGCUCUCUCGUUGCUGUUAAAAGUUGUGCAAAUAAGUAUUGCUUCCAUAUUUGUAAAGCUCGGGCUGUUUUGGAUUAAUAAAAAGGGGGUGGUUGGUCCUGAAACACAUCUAGAACUUAUUCAGUAAACAGUAGUUUGUUGUAAUUGGAAAACAAAACUAAAAAUUACAUGUAGACUAAAAUAUCAAAACUCACUAUAGAUAUUGGAUAUUUUUUUCCGUAUCUCCACUUUUUGCAUACAUGUCUUUUUCUGUUUGGUACACUUUUACAGAUUAAUCCUCUACUAAGUGUAUAAAAAAAUAAUUUACUAAUGCCGAUCUGUACAAAUUCUACUCAUUGCUAGAAGUUAACAUAUUAUCUCUGUUUUAUUAGAGUUUGUUGUUUAGUCCCCAAUAAAGCAUCCGAACAUACACAACAUGCUUGCUAAUUCGUAAUUGGAAGUAUGAAAUUAAAAUGUUAUUUUUAACCCACACAAAGCCAGUUUUCUCCAGGAAGAUUGAACUUUAGGCUGUAUAGUAUUACUUCUAUGCCGUGUCCCAGGUUGAUUGUGGUGUUGUAAGUGUUCCCUAUAUGUGCAGCUAUAAUACCACUUAUCAACCUCAUAUGUAAUUAGACUAGAAAAGUUUAAUUUCUUAUAGCCUCUUUCUCCAUAUAGAUGGCGAACAAACACCUGAAAUUAGGUCUUCAAGGUAAGUACAUAUUAGUUGGUUUAAGUUCCAGUAAACCUGUUCCAAAAUUUUAGGAUAAUUCUAAGCCCGAGUUACACAGGGAGGAAAACACUUGACCCUUUCGCAGUGGCGGAAUUAAUGCAGAGAAGGCCCUGGUGCAAGAAAUUUUUUUUCCAACCUAUCGCAAAGGGUGGCCAAAAGGUAGGCCCCCCUGUCGUGUAUAACUCCCACAAUGCUUUCCCAGCUGGGGCUCUAUAAUUUUCCCAUCCUUGCAGGGAGGUAUUUAGCACUGAGCAGUGUCUGUACAGAGGGUGACUUUUGUAUGUUUGUAUUUAGUAUUGAUGUUUGGAUGCAUGGGUGUAUUUGUGUGUACUGUUGAAUUUUGAAUGCAGAGAUGUAUGCACAUAUUCACAUAAAGGUGGCCCAUAGGUCCCUACCCAUCCAGAACACUGAUACACUGGAUUCAUAAGAUAUAUGGAUGGGCAGGGACUUAUGGGCCGCCCUGUACAGUGCCACACACUAUGCUACAAACAUAUACAGUUUUAUAGGCACACAGAUAAAUACACUGAUUCCAGUUACUAUACUCACCUCUCCUCUGGGCUCAGGCUCCUCCCCCUUCCUCCAGUCACUGGAACCUGGUGGCUCAGCCUUAAAAAAGCUGUUUUACCGUAAAGAAUACACCUGCAUGGGCUGUAAACAGUGGUGCAGAAUGCGUCGGCUGCAGGAACUUGGAGGUCUCUUCCAAGGCGAAUAGUCACUCAAGUUGUGACUUAUCUACUCAAAUUAUUUAUUCUGUUCUGGUGCACAUCUAUGUACAGCCAUAACCACUACAGUCUGUGUGUUUUAUUUCUUGCCUUAAACACAAUCCACUGAGGGUCCGGUGGUCGGGAGACAAGGUAAAAGUGAGAUUACUUACCUAAACCUGUCCAUCAUAGGCGCCGCCAUCUUUCUUGUUUUUGCUCCUCUUAAAGGACCAGGAGACAAUGUCACUGCUGGCGAGAGUACAACAUGGGGUCCCAUGAGACCUCCGGAUACUUCAUACACACUCCAAUUCCCUGCAGCCGUCACAAGACAUCACCACUAUUUGACCAUCACUGGUCAAAGUCACUCAGAUCUUUUCUCUUGCCCAUUUGUCCUGCUUUUAACACAUGAAACUCAAGAACUGACUGUUCACUUGCUGCCUAAUAUAUCCCACACACAACAGGAGCCAUUUUAAUGACAUAAUCAAAGUUAUUCACAUCAGCUGUCAGUGGUUUUAAAGGACCACUAUAGUGCCAGGAAAACAUACUCAUUUUCCUGGCACUAUAGUGCCCUGAGGGUGCCCCCACCCUCAGGGACCCCCUCCUGCCGGGCUGGAAAGGGGUUAAACUUACCUUUUUUUCCAGCGCCUGGCGGGGAGCUCUCCGCCUCUGAUCCUCCUCUUCGGCUGAAUGCGCAUGCGCGGCAGGAGCUGCACGCGUAUUCAGCCAGUCUCAUAGGAAAGCAUUCAUAAUGCUUUCCUAUGGACUCUUGCGUCUUCUCACUGUGAUUUUCACAGCGAGAAGCACGCAAACGCCUCUAGUGGCUGUCAAUGAGACAGCCACUAGAGGCUUUAGAAGCUGGAUUAACCCAUUUAUAAACAUAGCAGUUUCUCUGAAACUGUUAUGUUUAUAAAAAAAAAAAAAAAUGGUUAAUCCUAGAGGGACCUGGCACCCAGACCACUUCUUUAAGCUGAAGUGGUCUGGGUGCCUAGAGUGGUCCUUUAAUGUUGGCUGAUCAGUGUAAUGUGUAUUUGUUCACUUUGAGACAGAUGUGUAAGUUAAUCAGUUUUUCUUAGAAAAGUAUUAUAUUAACCUAUAUUCAUAUUAAUACCUCAUUGAUGCCCUGUACAGUCAAUACCUACAUUACCACUUAUACAUCUGUAGUAUCCUGUUUUCCAGAACAUAUAUUCAUUAUUUGGUGACCAAAUAAAUGUUUGUCAUAUUGAUUUUGUUACACAAGCAUCUCCCUGAUACCAAACAAAUGAACCAGUGACUCAUAAAAACAAUGAGAAUUGCUUGAUGUGUAGUAGUGCUGUUUGCUGAUUGUGGCGAAAGUAACCUCGCCACUGGUUCUUUGAAGGGCCUGUUUGCCAACUUCUUGCCUCAGGACUGUGGACCAUGCAAAAAGGCUCAUAAAAGACCUUGUUUGUGCCUUUUUGCUAUUCUGUUCAGUAGAUUGCAUUCCCCUCCAAUUUUAACAUUGUCCCGUUCGACUACCGAACCACAGGGACCACCCGGGAGCUUGUUAACACCUAUUAACACCUUGGAACGGUUCUCACCGCAGUGUUCUAAUUGUUCAUCUGGAUGGCCGCAAUUCCUAUGGACAACCACGAGGUGCCGCCGUCUUGUUCGCAUGAGCGCAGGCAGCGGUGUUUGGGCAUUAAUCUCAUGAAACUAAAAUCGGACACAGAAACUCCCGAACACUGCUGGACUUCUAUACAAGUUAGAAGGGCACUGUUCGGGUCUAUACAAGUUAGAAGGGCACUAUUCGGUGAAAUCGUUCGUCUGGAUGAGGGGAACAAGCUCCAGGGUAAGAACAUUGACUAUGUUUGGUAGUUUUAUUUGUUUCUAAACUACCGAACUGGACUGACCGCAAGCCCUGAUUCUGUUGAACUAUUUGGGGCAUGGUUGCGGUCGGUCAAAUAAAUGGCUUCCAGGAAAUUCCUGAACCCCUGAACUGAUCUGGGUGAUUUUUGUAUAUGUUGGUCACCCAGAUUAGAGCUAUAAGGGAAUGUAACAUUUGUGGGGGGGAUUUUAUGUUUUAAAGGUAUUUUGGGGGUUUUAUAAAAAUGUUUUGGAGAUAAUUGAGUUUAGUUCAGUGUUGACUCAAUUAUCUCCCAGGUACAGAGGAGGGAUUAAUCUAUUAUGUGUGGAAAUGUCCUGGAUCUGAGAGCCAAUGUAAUUGUGUAUUUGUUUCUGCUGUGGUUUACUCUCAGGUCCAGGGAGGAGUGCCCCUUGCACGGGGACUUGCAUAAAAGGCCAGUUGUGGCUCCCAUUAAACAAGUUCCUGCCUGCCCUCAACAUAGUCUCAUCUCAUGUGUGGGGGGGAACAGCUGUAUCUGCUCUGGGGAUUGCUAUAUCACUAUACUCCUCUGGGUUAUAAUCACUUGCUCUUGUAAGAGCAGCCUGCUACACUCUCUGGAGUAGGAGAGGUCUGCUCACUGGAAGCUGGAUCAUGGUCUUGGGUCCAGGGUGGGUGGAGGACAGCGAGACCCCAGCCAAGCUGGAAGUGGGGACUACGGUGCUGAUGGUGUCUGGUGGAGUGCUUGGAGUCCUCAGUGAGCACUAGGAGCAUUGAUUGGCGGAGGCACCCGGUCGCGGUGACAGGCGGUCCGUCACACUGAUCUUAAAUUAUUUUAUAAUGGAAAUGCUCUAGGACAGUGAUAGGCAACCUCCAGCACUUCAGAUGUGGGCUUCCAUGUACUAUGAUGCUUUGCCAACAAAAUUAGUCUGAUAACUGAUCAAUCUACAUUAGCAUUUAUAUGUUUGCAUAUCUCUCAAUCACAUACUCCCAGUACAUUAAGGCAAAGACUAGUGCACUAUAAAAUACAGUAGGUACUUCUUCACAUGUUACUGUGAUCACUAUAAUGCCAUAAUGAUUGCUUCAGAUAUCUGUACAUUAUAAGACAUGAAUAAUUACCCACAUAUAUUUUCUGCACAUUUCCACAUGAUUAUUCAUUGCUCAUAUAACAUUGAGACAAACUCUGUAGGAGUGAUAUGAUAGGAAGCUUACUCCAUUCAGCAUUCUCCUAUGGUGUGAGACCAUUGUGUUUAUUAGACUUGUGCUUCCAGUUUUAAAUCUGAAUUUUGGGAGAUCUGCAGUUAAUACAAAUUCCAUAACUUCGAAGCACCUUAUGGACAUAUCACGAAACAAACAAUAUGGACAGGGGGACGGGGCCUGACCGCAAACCGAGCAGGACGUACAUGGCCUGAGCUUCUCAGCCAAAGCCUGAAAAAGCAUCGAUUAACCUACUAAAUAACUACGAAUCUGGCAAAACAAACCCUCAUAUUCCUGCAGAACACUAAGCUGAGGUGCUGGUUCAAGUUUUCUUGGUCCAGGCUGCCGUGGACUGUGCCGGAUUGUCUUGGGGCCUACGCGGGAUUGUCAGUCGGAGGAGGCAGGCGCUCCUCUGUCGGAACCUGUCUUGAGUCUCAUCUGGUUCUGCUUUCCACCCCCUUUGGACCGGUGGGGGUUAUCCCGGUCCACAUUGCCGUGCUUAUUGGACUGAUUGCCUGGUACAUCUCUACUCAGCACACACCUGAAGCUUAAGGUCUACUCACCAAAAUGGAGACCGAAACGCUCAAUGCCUUGAAGCCUGCACACCUGAAACUGACAGUGUGGACCUGUUCUUACAGUGGUUUGACAGCAUAUGUGCCCAAUUCUGGGAGAAACUCUAAGCACGUGCGGCGAAUACCUUGCCUGAUGGUCCAAGCACCCAAGACCGGGGCUGCAUCUCCAUGGCCUACCCUGAGGGCAACUCCAGCAGUAAGGUGGAGGAACCGGAGACCAAAGCCGAUGAAAAAAUUACAUCCCGGCCGUGCCGACGCGCCCCAGCGGCGAUCUACAAGGGGCUAUUCAUCUGGGAGUGCAGCCCGCCGACAGAGAGUGUCAGCCCAGAGCAGCGAGCAGGAACAGAGGCUCAGUGAUGGGGUACGGCAGGGAGAUACACACUGAAGAGGCAACGUGAAGUCGCAGUCGUCACCCUCCUCAGCCCUGCAGAUGCUGCACAUCGGGGCUGCUGAAGCUCCAUCUACAGACAUCGACUGAAUAAACCUAAGCACAGACCAACUACUCUACUAACAUACUGUUGCCUCCACAUUGCUAGGAUUGCCAUCUGUAGUCUGUACAUAUACCUCCUAACCCCAAGUACACCCAGUGGUACUAACACUCUUAAGCUCACUAGAACUGCCAAGCAUGUUUAUACCUAUUUUCUUGUUAUGUCUGCCUGUGCCUAGAUUUCGCUACCUAUACUCCACAAUUGACAGAGUAGUAUUUCUUCAAUGUCUGUGCCUACUCUAUACAGCAUAAUACUGUUACAAAUUCUGAACAUACAUGCAUAGAUUUAGCCUACUCUACUAUCCUAAAAACAGUGCAGACCUGCUUGAUGUCUUAUGCAUUUAUUUUAACAUAGUAUUGCCUGACGUUAAUCACCAUCUUUAGCCCCUUAAGGACACAACUUCUGGAAUAAAAUGGAAUCAUGACGGAAUAUUUCCGUCAUGUGUCCUUAAGGGGUUAACGUGUGACUUAAAUUUUAAAAAGUGCCAUUGUUUAUGCUGCCAUGCUAAUGUUUAUUAUCUCUGUUUCUGCAUUGCUUGCUAUUACUGUCGUGGUAUCGCAAAACUGCCAGGCACUACAAAAAUAAAUAAUUAAAAACAAUCUGGACAAUGGAUGAACAGUUUUGAUUGAUUCAUGAUUUGUUCCAUCGAUGACUCUAAAAAAGCAGAUGUUUGAUUGUUAGGGGACAGCCACUAAAUAUAGUUUUUAUUUACAGAUCAAGUGAGAAGUGUAUGUGCAUGCAUGCGUGUGUGUGUGUGUGUGUGUAUAUAUAUAUAUAAAAUAUGGAUUUUUAAAUUUAUUUUACUGCUCCUCCAUUUUCCCUCUAUAAUAUAUGUAUUUUAUAUUAUGUAUAUAUUUUGCAGUACAAUGAUUUUCCCACCAUUUUGGUUCAUCUGAAUGAUUUUUCCUAAAAAAGAUGAGAUUUAUCUGAACUGAAACGCCAUAUGGAUGAAUUUUGGACCACCUGGGAAAAAAACAUUUCGAAAUAUUUGAUUUGGCCAAACCAAAUUUUUUUGCAAUGCAGAAGUCUUCAUUAUAUUAUAAUCCAUAAUUAAAUUCGACUUUAUAUUGACAAAUAUAUUAACUUGAUUCUGUCUUAUGGACUAAUGUCAUCAUAUCCCAAUUCUAAAAAAAAAAAAGUGUUCCAGGACAAUAAAACUCUCAUAUCACAUCAUCAUUUUCUAUCUUUUUUUUUUACUCACUCUGUUCGUGAACGUCUUCCCAUCUGCCCCCUGUUUCUCUCCCCAGUAGUACCCAUUUUUCCAUACCAUGCUUGUGUCCUUCUCUCUAGAUUCCCCACCACAACCUUUUGUCCAUGUACUCAUAUUCUUCAACCCAUACCUUCAACCAGGGCCGGACUGGCCCAACAGGAAAUUCCCCGGUGGGACGGUGCACCUGGGGCCGGCAGUGCAGCACUCCUUUUUUUUUUUUUUACUUUUUUUGUUUGGGGCUGGUUUGCUGGAUGACUGCAGUGAGGCUGCCAGAGGUUGGUAACAGAAACAGCUGGUGACAGCUGGUUUGCAGCAGAGAGGAGUGAGAGAGCACUGAAAGUUUCUCUCAAAAAAGCACCGUCUUAGUUUCCAGCUCUGCAUAUACAGUCUGGCAGAGCCAACCCACGCACUGGAGCUCCGCCCCCCAGCCACACCUUGGUGACCUUUCACACAGGAAGUGGAAGAGCUUCAUGAAAAAAAAUCUCGUAUUGCAUUUGAAGUUAGAGGUACUUAUAUAUUCACCCAGCAGCCCAUGAUUGAUUGUGUGUGUGUGUAGAGCUUGAAGUUAUCUUGUAUGUCAGCAAGUUUGUAGUGAGCGUGUGUGUAUUUCUGUACUGUGCUUGAGUGUGUGCCAGUGACCUUUGUGUAUGUAAGUGAGCAUGUUUGUAGUAAGCUUUUGUGUGUCAGUGAGAUUGUAGUGAGUUUCUUUAGUGGGCAUGUGUCAGUGAGCUUGUAGCGAGUAUGCCUGUACUGUGCUUAAGUGUGUGUCAGUGAGCUUGUCAGCGAACUUGUAGUGAGCUUGUCUGUAUUGUGCUCGUGUGAGUCUAAGAGCUUGUCUAUAGUGAGCGUAUGUGGGUGAAAGAGCUUGUCUAUAGUGCCCUUGUGUGUUUCACUGAGCUUGAGUGUCAGUGAGCAUGUAGUGAGUUUGUCUGUAGUGAGCCUAUGUGUUUCAGUGAGCAUGUCUGUACUGUGCUUGAAUGUGUGUCAGUGAGCUUGUGAGUUUGUCUGUAUUGUGCUUGUGUUUUUUAGUGAGCUUGUGGUAAGCAUGUUUGUAGUGAGCUUGUGUGUCAGGGAACUUGUAGUGAUCUUGUCUGUAGUUUGCGUGUGUAUUUGUGUCAGUGAACAUGUCUGUAGUGAGCUUGUGUGUGACUGUCAGCCUGCCUGUAGUGAGCUUUUGAGUGUCAGUAAGCAUGUCUUUAGUGAGCUUGUGUAUGGGUCAGAGAGCUUCUAUUUGUGUCGGUGAGCUUGUAAUGAGCUUGUGUGUGUCAGUGAGAUUGUAGUGAGCUUGUGUGGGUCAGAAAUCCUCUGUGUGUGCCAGUGAGGUUGUCUAGUAAUGAGCUAGUCUGUAGAGAGCUUGUGUGUGUCAGAGAGCUUUUCUAUAGUGAGCUUAUUUGGGUCAGAGAGCCUGUGUCUGUGUGUGUCAGUAAGCUUGUGUGUGUCAGAUGAGCUUGUGUGUAUUUGUGUCGGUAAGCAUGUAUGUAAAGUGCGUGUGUGUCAUUGAGCUUGUCUUUAGUGAGUUUGUGUGUAUCCAUGAUCUUGACUUGAGUGAGCUUGUGUGCGUCAACAAGCUUUUCUGUAGUGAACUUGUGUGUAUCAGUAAGCUUGUCUAUAGUGAGCUUGUGUAUGAGUAAGAGAACUUGUGUGUGUCAGCGAGCUUGUCUGUAGCGAACUUGUGUGUGUCAGCCUGGAGGGGGGCUAUUACAGCACUGUAAUACCCAUGGAUCAUAUGAAGUGAGGGGCUGCAGGUAAGAAACAAUAUAACCGCCCCCAAAGCACAUCGAUGUAAAAAUACAAACACAAUGUAACACAAUGAAUUCUAGGGCUGGAAUAUUUUUAUUUCCAGGGCUGCUUUGUUUUCCCAGUCUGGCCCUGCCUUCAACUAUCUGUAUUCUCCCACACCUUCCCUCUUUAUAGUUUCUUCCUCCACUUUCUCCAUAAUCUCAGCCACACAUUUUCCAACCUUCUCUUCAUAUUCUCCCCCACACACUUUCUGUCCAAUCUUUAUGACCCCCUCAAUUUUGGAACCUCAUAUUCUAUUCUUGUCUCUCUUUCCCUAAUCAUACAUUUAUUCAUACUUUUUAUUUUUAAAAACGUGACAUGGGACUGAUAGUCCUUAGAGAGUGCGUGCCAUAAUUAGGACUCAUGACAGAGCAGUGAAGAGAGGACAGGCAUAGAAUAUAUAGACAACUUUCUUUCACAUGCUGGCAGUAUGCCAAGUAACUAAUUCCUUUGGCUGUGCAGUGCACUGUUUACACAAUGUUAAAUAAAUUUUAAAAUAUGACUGCACCUCACAGUGAAGAAAUUAAAAACACAGGUUCCCAUGCCACAUAACCAGUGACUCACCAUAGUGCUUUUCCUUAGAUCCUUGCUUAAUAGGAUAUAAUUUCAUAACAAUAGAUAACAUGAAUAGUGUAACGUGCAGCAAUGUACCAGAGUACUUAUUUUCUCUGAUUAUAUGUUUGCUUAUCUGUAGGAUGAAGUCAUGGGUGAUAUAAUUUAUGUCACCAAGAAUUUUUUGUUUGACACAUUCAUUGAUGUCAUGCAAGGUGGGAACAGUUUAAGUUCAUAAUUUCCUUACUUUUUAACAUUUGAGAACAUAUUAACUUUUGGCAUUAAUGUACUUUCCUUUGCUAAUUUCCCUGUUUUUCAUAAUAAAUGAAAAAAAUAUAUUUGUUCAAAAAUUAUUUAGUAAAUUAAAAAACAAAAAAUUAGCUAAUUAUAAUGAAAUGUUUAACAGAUGGCAGCAUGGGUUUACGGGUGAAUGGUGCUUGAUAGGUUAUAGCUGAUUGUGACUAAAGCCACGUGGUCUGUGUUAGUGGUGCAAGGCUGCCUGUGGGUAAGUAUAAUUGAUGCCAGUCUUCCUGUAAAUAAGUGGUGCCUGGAUGGCAAGCUGAGAGGUGCCAGAUGGAUUGUGUGACUGGACAGGAAGUGCAGUAUUGGCCAGUGGUUCCCACCUAUCUCGCUAAAACAAUUUGCCCCACUUAUGCAGUGCAACUUCAGUCAGUGAGUUCUGCAGAUUCAGUUCUCCAGUUCUCUUCUACAUGUGUUUGAUUCUUUUUGUAGGAAUCUCAACAUGUUAGGAGAUUGGGUGAGGGGGCAGGUGGUUUACUUGGACUUGACGAGAUUAUAGAAGACACACUAUGGAGGGUGUAGGAAGAAACAGCUAGUAAAAGAAGGAACAGUGGAGGAUUAAUGUUGCAUACUAGGUACUAGAGGACGAUAAAAAAAAAAGGCACACUGGAGGAGGUAUAAGACGGCACAGUGGGUGAAAAGAGAGCACAUUAGGGGAGUUUAACAGGGCAUACUUACUGGAAUAAGGGGGCACUCUAGGGGAAAUAAGAGUAAACAUAGUGAAGAGUAUAACGGAACCCAUUUGGAAAGGAUAUAGCCUUGGGAGGCUAUAGGAAAGCUCAAUGACUGGUAUAAGAUGGCACACUAGAUGAAUAAAAGUGCCCACACUAACAGAUAAUAGAAUACACUGGGAGUAUAACUGGGCACACAGGGGGGUUAUAAGAGGGUGCUUAAACUGCUUGACCCUGCAGCAACAGUUCUUUCCAUACAAAGGACAGGAAUGAAGGGUGGGAACACUGCACAUUGUCAGCUUGGUAUGCACAGAGAUAGCUUGCUUCCCAUUUAGCUGCACUUGCCAUCAGGCCUGUCAGGAGAGAUCUCUGUGCCAGCCAAACAUAGAUUCCAUGAAAAUCUGAGGAACAACAUCAUGGAUGCUGUGUAUUCGCAGACAGAAGGUGUAUUCCACCUCAUGUUCCCUCCAUGGGUAAACAAAAUUAGGAGUUUUUUUUCUUCUUCAAUAAGUGAAACUAAAACAAACAUACAAAUUUGAACCCAAAGAAGGGGCACUAGCUUCCAAUAAGAUCUAUCAGACUUCCCCAAAUUUCAAAUCGAUUUUUGGAGCUGUUUUGUCUGUAGACAUCUAACCCUAAUGUUACGUCUAUGUGUAUUUUCAAUUUGGGGUGAUCAGCUAUUUAUCUGAAAUCCUGGACUCGAAAAAUACUAUAUGGAGGUUUCAGGAAAUGACCAAUGAUUGAACCAUAUUGUUUGUUUUGUGAUUAUACCCAAACUAUCUGCAGUAGCAACCAAAUAGUUAUUUAAAAAAAAAAAAAAAAGAGGCUGCACAUGGGUUAAUCAUGUGGCUGCCUGCCAGUGGUUGCUAGCCAUCUGUCAUAUUUAAUGAGCCUGUGAGGGUCAAUAGGACCCCAAUAUUAGUAGUAAUACCUUCCUGCGUGGCAGCAUGGCUAAUAUUGACUGACCACUGUAAUUAAAAACUAGCAACUAGGUGAUGGGACCUGUAAAAUGUCUGGGGGGGACAAGUCAGAGGAGCAUCGGGUGGGGGUUUAAAACUAUGUAAUGGGUGGACUGCUCACUGUCCAGUCCCCCACCCUUUGCUAGCGGAUGGGGGCUCUGUGCUGUAUAAAGAAAUAACUGAAAACAAUAAAGUGAUUGGGGCUUGCAAAAGUCUCCCCUGUCCCACCCACUGGCAAUGGGUGGUGGCAAACAAAAAUAAUUUCCCGUUGUCUUCUCCAGUUGGGAGGGUGCUAUUUAAUUCUCAUUGGCGACAGGUGGAGGCUAUUAAUAUAUUGAAAAUGUAAAGCUCGUAGCAAUAGAGAUUAUGACCAACCCCAAAAGGUUUAAGUACAUUAAAUCCAAAAAAGUUAAGAGAGAAAGCAUUGUUUCAUUGGAAAUUGAGAUGGGUGAGUUAAUCAAGGAUUAUCAGGACAAGGCAUAAAUUCUAAAUAAUUAUUUUUCUUCAGUAUAUAGGGAAGAAGAAUCUAUGACUGUAGAUUUGCAAAUGCCAGUUACAAAAACCUUACAGCAAACAGGUGAUUGGUUAACACAGGAUAAAGUGCCAACAAAGAUCCAACUAUAUAAAGAAAAAAAAUAAAAGGAUUGAACUUUGAACUAAAACAAGAAAUUAAAUAAAGUUAUUGUAAACAAAUCCCUAAUGCCAGAUGGUAUUCACCAACUUGUGCUUAGGGAGCUUAGUGUAAAAAUACCCACACCACUGUUUUACAUUUUUCAGGAUUCUUUCCUUUCAGGAUUUGUUCCAGAAGAUUGGAGAAAAGCAGAUGUAUUUUAAAAAAAAGUUCAAAAGCUCAACCUAGAAACCACAGAACUAUGAGCUUAACAUCUGUGGUUGGGAAAUUAUUUAAAGGGCUAUUAAGGGAUAAUAUUCAGGAAUGUAUUUUGAACAAGACAGGUCAUGCCAAACUAACUUAAUUGCAUUCUAUGAAGAAGUUAGUAGAAAUAUAGAUCAAGGUGUUCCAGUAGAUUUGAUCUAUUGACUUUUGCUAAGGCAUGAUACAUUUACACACAAAAUGUUACUAGUAAAACUGAAAAUAUUUGGUUUAGAUGAAAAAUAACGUUUUUGGGUAGAACAUUGGCUUAAAGUGCAGAGAGUAGUGAUGACACAAAGCUUAAGAAGCAAAUACAGUCUGAAAAUGAUAAAGACAAGACAAAAGCCAAACAAAUCUUCCUGAGCAACAAUAGCUGCCAGCUGCUUGUUUUUAACUUGUUACGAAGGCAUGCUAUAAAUAUCUAUCUAUAUAUAUAUAUUAUACACACACAUACAUAUUUACAUGUGGCAAGAGCUGGCCAACUGCCACACGAUUAACCCUCAUACUGCCAAGUUUUGAACAAAAGAAAGAAAAUAAAGAAAAUUUAUCUUUUCUUAGAAGCCAAGGCCAAAUUUUCCCUGGAGCUGGAUCCUCCUUUGGUAAAGUCUCUCCCAGUCACAGCACAGGGAGGAAUCCAGGAAGUACCAGCUGUAGGGAGUACUUGGGCACCGCAGAGAGGAGGUCCUUCUGCCAUUAGUCAUCUGCUGCCAGUUAAAUUCCAGCACAGUCUUACAAAAGUGACAGAUCCGCUUUGUCUCUUGUUCAGCACCAAAAAAGGCCAAAUAAAACUUAUUCUGAUGCAACUAUUUAAAAAAAAAAAAAAUCCUAAAUCACAACAAAAAAUCCAAGUGAAGACACUGCACCAACUGACAUUUGAAAACCUUCCUACAGUUUGAAAUGCCAGAGCACUUUUUUUUUUUUUUUGGAUUGUAAUAUUGAUGCAGAAUAAGGAGAAAUGUUUUGAUAAUACAAGCACAUAUGACAGCCUUCUCAAUAUGCUAGCAGACUCUCUUGUCUCCAUACUAUAAGGAAAACCAUAACUUACCAGUAAAUGUAUUUCUGCUGCAUGGAGACAGGAAGAAGAGACUGCAUAAAGGAACACUCCAAUAUUAAUUGUGAAAUGUUGGUUAAUCUCUUGGACUCCUUCUACACUACCAAAACCUGUUAAAUAUUGGGUUAACUUCUAAUCUGGCAUUGAAUGGGUGCUUUCUUGCAGCGCCACUCAUUGGAAGAGCAUCAGUACUUUUGAUCUCAUAGAAAUUAAAUCUCGGUUAGAAGCUUUGCUUUGUGCUAGGUUACAAAGUAAAUAGGAUAUACACUCUCCUGGCUGUCUGACAGCUGGGGGAGGGCAACGUAGUACCUUCAUAAAAGUACCAAUUUCAAGAGGAAUUGGCACUUUUACAAAGUGACAAAGAGGGGACACUGCAAAUCUCCAUAGCACUUCAGCUUGCUUUAGACAUUUGGAGUAUAUCUUUAAAAAAUAUAUAUAUAUAUAUAUUUUAAAUGCAUUAACAUGCAGGGACACUGUAGUCACCAGAACAACUACAGCUUAUUGCAUUUGUUCUGGUGAGUAGAAUCAUUCCCUUCAGGCUUUUUUUUUUUUUUGCCUUUCAGACAAAAUUUAGUGUUUACAUUACAGUCUAGUGAUAACUCCACUGGCCACUCCUUAGAUGGCUGCUAAAGUUGCUUUCUUGGGCAGUGCUGCAGAGUAACCAGCAAUGCCAUUCAGUGUCUUCACCCUCUGCAUGCAGACACUGAACUUUCCUCAUAGAGAUGCAUUGGUUCAAUUAAUCUCUAGGAGGAGAUGCUGAUUGGCCAGGGCUGUGGUUUGACCUGUUUUGGCACUGCCCCUGAUCUGCAUUGUGAUUGGCUCAGACCACCAAUUCUGAUGAUGUCAGCAGACACAUGCAGUUUCAGAGAAAAACAGGGGCAGAACCAGCAGCUUCAGACUUGAAUACAAGUAAGAUUUUGCUAUAUUUAGGAAUAAAAGGGUGGGGCUAGAUGGUGGUUUUAACACUAUAGGGUCAGGAAUAUAUGUUUGUGUUCCUGACCCUAUAGUGUUCCUUUAAAAUUGAUUCUAAAUCUAAUUUUUAAAUGUUAUAGUCCUAGUCAGACAUUUCUAUAGCUUAUUAAAAAAUAUAUAUAUAUAUAUAAUAUUCACCAUUCAGAUAGGGUUUCAUAACUUUUUUUAUAUGAACUACAAGCCACAAAUGUAUUUUUUUACAGUGUUUUGCUAUCUAUUUAGAAGGUUCAAGAAUGCAGGAUAUGACAAAUUGAGUUGGUGAAUAAUAAAAAUUUUUAUUACAUAGAUCAGUAUUAUAAUUGAAGUGUAUUUACAAAAGUUAAGGAUAAAAUAGUAUAAUCUUUCUAAUUACAAAGAUUUUACAAAAAUAAAGCAAUGCAUUACCGAUUUAUUGCAGAAAAUCAACAUCCAGGCUUGCACUAGGAGUCACUCUUAAUCUGGAAAAGCUUAAAAGCAAUACAUCACUGAUUAAUCUAUUGUAUAACUACAUUUAGACAUGAUCACAAUCAUGACUGGGAAGCCCCUUUUUUCAGCCUUUGCUUAGAGUUUCAGGUUAACUGGGAAAGUUUCACAAAACUUAUAAAAACAAACCAGCUACUAAAAUCGCACACAAAGGGGUUUGCCGAAGCCCAGUGUGUCCUGAGUCAAGAUUCUGGAAUUCCGUUUGCCCAGAAUACUGCAACAUCAUAGGAUACUGAGGCUUUGAACUAAAUAACUUUAGAAAGUGUGUGUGUGUGUGUAUGUAUGUGUGUGUAUGUAUAUAUAUAUAUAUAUAUAGUAAAGGAUGGCUUGUACUCACGGUCUUUUGAAGAUAAAAAAAAAAAAUAUUCCUUUAUUAGAAGUUAUUCCAUAAAAUCAUCAACGUUUCAUUUCUUGUUCAGGGCUUUCCUCAGGAUCAACUAUCAAACUUGAAAGCCCCGAACGAGGGCUGAAACUUUGAUAAUCUUAUGGAAUAACUUAUAAUAAAGGAAUAUUUGUUUUAUCUUCAAAAGACCAUGAGUGCAAACCGUCUCCUUUACUAUAUUCUAUUUUUGGCUAUGGCUUAUUGUGUCCGGCACUUAAACAUUUUGGUCAGUCUGCGUGCAAGGACUUUAGUGUUUUUGUUUUUUUAUAUAAGUAAGAUAGAUAUAUAUAUAUAUAUAUAUAUAUAUAUAUAUAAUCCAAAAGACAAAAAGAGAGCACUCUAUAGAUUUUCAAAAUUCAAUAGUAGUGUAUUCAAAUUAGCAUAGAAAAUCAACGUUUCAACCUUAACCAGGUCUUUAUCAAGAUGCUGUACAAACAAUAAUACAGAGUAUAUAUACCCCAUAACAUUAAAAGAAAGUGAUAAGCUGGUAAGCUUAUUACUUUAUUUUAAUGUUAUGGGGUAUAUAUACUCUGUAUUAUUGUUCAAGGUGCAUGAGACCCAGUUCCACACACCGAUUGGACCACCCCCAACAUGCUCAUUAACAUGCUCAUAAUGAUGUCAUAUGUCCGGUGGAAGGACAUCCCGAACUGAAGAGCUUCCCGUUGCCAUGGUGAUCUAGUGUGAAUAUUAGAUGUGGAAAGAUCGUGAUUUAAAAGAUAAACAAGGAGGAUUAAACAUAACCACGACUUGAAACUGUGAUAGAAUACUACCAUAUUGGAGCUGAGCUGAUGUACAGAGAAAGAGAGUGUGUGUAGAAGUACUAAAUCAAAAUAAACUUAUGCAAUCCAACUAAGCAAAAAAAUGUAGCAUGUAUAUAUAAGGAAACACUGAGCACAAGUGUGUGAGAAAAGAAGCCCAUAAGUAAUGUCCACAUAAUAUAAAUAAAGCAUAUAUUAAGCUCCAAAUACAUAUGAAGAUACUGUCAAAUUCACUUGACAUGAAACUCAAAAAUAUAUAUAGUUAACGAAUAUUAAGAAAAGAAUUGAAGGAGACAUAUUCAUUGAGACCUCUAGGCUGGACCGUAUUCAAUGUCUUAAUCCAAAAAGUCUUUCUCUGAAGAGGUACUCGUGACCUGUCUCCCCCUCUAUUUAAGGGGGGGACAUUGACUAUGGCAAUGAACUUAAGAGUGGGUAGUCUAUGUUGGACUUCCAAGAAAUGUUUAGCCACUGGCUUUUCCAUCUUGAUUCCUGAUCUGUGGCCUCUGAUCUGGUCUCAUAAAGUUUAGUCGGUUUUACCCACAUAAUAACCGUCAAUGUCUUAUCUCCCCCCCCCCUCCCACCCCUUAAGUAGAGGAGGAGAAAGAUCAAGCGUACUUCUUCAGAGAGACUUUCUGGAUUAAGACUUUGGAUACGGUCCAACCUAGAGGUCUUGAUGAAUAUAUCUCCUGUGUGUGGAUGUAUGUGUGUAUGUGUGUGUGUGUAUGUGUGUAUAUAUAUAUAUGUAAUAUAUAUAUAUAUAUAUAUAUAUAUAUAUAUAUAUAUAUAUAUAUAUACACACACAUAUACAAUGUUAAACAAAGCUCUGCACGCCAGUCAAGCCAUAAGACUUGCUUUUCCCACAAAAAUCACAAAUAUGCAGUGAUGUUACUAUGGCGAAGGAUUCUGGGUGGGCAUAUGCAAAUUAGUUCAAUAAAGAAUCACAUUUUUGCCUCAUUCUAUUUUAAACAUGGAUUCCUUUGAGUUUGUGUUUGCUGUAUACAACAGCUUUGAAACACAACUUAGGAAAAGAUGCAAAGCCAGUAAACCACUCAUGGACAGCUGUAUAUAAACACACACAAAAAAAUUUGCAUUACAUAAAGUGAAGACAUAUUUUUACAGAAAAUUGUAGGCUCUAAUAACAUAUUAAAGGACCACUUUAGGCACCCAGACCACUUCAGCUUAAUGAAGUGGUCUGGGUGCCAGGUCCUUCUAGGGUUAACCCAUUUUUUCAUAAACAUAGCAGUUUCAGAGAAACUGCUAUGUUUAUCAAUGGGUUAAGCCUUCCCCAUUUUCUAGUGGCUGUCUCAUUGACAGCCACUAGAGGCGCUUGCGCUUCUCACUGUGAUUUUCACAGUGAGAGCACGCCAGCGUCCAUAGGAAAGCAUUGAGAAUGCUUUCCUAUGAGACCCGCUUGCGCGCAAGCUCUUGCCGCAUGCGCAUUCAGCUGACGGGCGGAUCGUAGGAGGAGAGGAGGCAGAGAGCUCCCGCCCAGCGCUGGAAAAAGGUAAGUUUUAACCCCUUUCCCCUUUCCAGAGCCGGGUGGGAGGGGGUCCCUGAGGGUGGGGGCACCCUCAGGGCACUAUAGUGCCAGGAAAACGAGUAUGUUUUCCUGGCACUAUAGUGGUCCUUUAACAUUUUUGUGGAGACACACAAAUGCUUAGUUCCUCUGUUUUUAUGGUGUUGAUAUCAAAGGGGAGCAACUGAUGCUUAUACAUAAAAAUGCAUAUUAAAGAUCAUAAUCUAUCCUUACUUGUAUGCAUGCUCCAAGAUAGCAGCCAUUUGCAAAACAGAAACUAUGUGAAGUAAGUACAGGAAAAUAUUCUGUUUCCAUUUGAAACUUUUUCUUUUCUUUUUUUUUUUUUAAUUUACCAUUCUGAAUCAGAGGUAGCUUCUUUCACAUGUAUAUUACAGAAAUACACUAUUUAGCCAAAAGUAUGUGGACCAUCACACCAAUAUGAGUGUUUUGAUCUUCCCAUUGCAAGAUCGUGGGCAUUAAUAUGAAUUGGCCUCCUUUUGCUAUAGGAGCCUCCACUCUUUUGGGAAAGCUUUUCACAAGAUUUUGGAAUGUGUGAAUUUCAGCCAAAAGAGCACUUGUGAGGUUGGGUCUGAUGUUGGCAAUGAAGGUCUGGUUCAUAAUCUGCAUUGUGCUUCAUCCCAAAGUUGUUCAGUAUGGUUAAGAUAAGAACUAUUUGAAGGCAACUCAUGUUCCUCCACACAAAACUCAUCAAACCAUUUAUUCAUGGACCUCGCUUUGUAUACUGGGGCACAGUCAUUCUGGAACAGUAAAGGGUCUUCUCCAAACUAUUGCUACAAAGUUGGAAACCCCCAGUUGUCUAAAGUGCCUUGCAUUCUGUAGCCCAAAGUAUUAAAACCGCCCCAGACAAUUAUCCUUCCUCUACCAAACUUUAGAGUAGACACUAUGCCUUCCAAUAGGUAGCAUUCUCAUGGCAUGUACUACACACAAAUUUUCCUUCAGAAUGACAGAUCGUGAAAUGCAGUUCAUCACAAUACAACAUGUUUCCAGUGAUGGCAUGCUUCACACCACUCCAGCUAACGACUGGCAUUGCACUUUACAUGAGUUGAUAUGAGUUUUGCAUACAGCUACUCUGCCAUAGAAACACAUUUCAUGAAGCUCACAGCACCCAGUUCAUUUGAUAAUGUGCUUCCAGAGGUAGUUUUGGAGUACUGAGUAAUGCAGCAGGUUUUAGGUAAUUUUCAUGUGUGGGCUACAAUUCAGUGGCUGGGUUGCUGUUCCAAGCUAUUUUCACUUCACAAUAUUAUCACUUUCAAUUAACUGAGGCAAAUCUGGUGGAAGACAAAUUUCAUUAACUUACUGCAAAGGUGGCAUCCCAUGGCAAUGCCAUGUUUAAGUCACUGAGCUCUAUAGUAUGACCAUUGUUUAAAGUGGAGAUUUCAUGGCUAUGUGUUGUAUUUUAUGCACCCGUUAGUAAUUGGUGAGGUUGAAAGAGUUCACAUACAUUUGGCCAUCUUGUGUAAGUGUUUGUGUUCCAUUGAAUAAAGAUUCUCCCAGUUGUACUGUGUAAUGGAAAGCAAUCCUUUUCAUACCUUUACUAAAGAUUUGCACAUCUUUGUGUAACAUUUACGCAUGUGCAAUGUUUUUCCUUAGAGAUUUGUGGGAGUGAAUUUUUAAUGACAUUCAACAGAAAGCAUUUUCAUUAAGAACAUUUACUAAAGGAUGUCCUUAUUUCAACAUGUAUAACUGAAAAAAUAUAAAUUUUAUAUUAAAACUAUUAACAGUAUUCUGUUGCUCUGUAGGUAUAUUCUGACUGAAAUUUAAGUGUGAUUUACAACAUUUUGUGAAUGGAUUCUGACAUCUGGAAAAUGGCUCCACCUAGCUUUACUUUUGUUAAAAACAGGGAUGAUAACGUUGUUCAUAAAACCUUACAUGUGAGUCAUAGCAACUACCUAAACAAAGAGAAAAUACAGAAAAGACCAAACCAGUUAAAACUAAAUGAAGAUUCAGGAGCUACCCUCUCUUUAAGAGGGCAAGACCGAACUAAAGGAAAACCACAUUAUAAAGAAUCAUCUGUGAGCUUCAUUAAUAAAUGUACAGAAAAGAAAUGGAUUACCUGGAAAUCUGAGUCCAUGGAACACAUACAAACAGUAAAAUUGAAUCCUGGUCAAGAUGUAGAAAUUGCACCAAUGCCAAGUUUUGUAAAUGAGUCUAAAGAUGGCAGCCAUACAUGUUUUUCACGAAUAGAUGAGAAAAAUAUGUCCAGACAUAAUUUUAAACUGAGACAUUAUAACCCCACUGAAAUCAAAGUACCUACUUCAGUCCCUUUCAAAAGAAAUAAAGCACAUGUGAAUAAAUACCCUUUACCAAAUGAAACUAUUUUUAAUAAUACCAAUCCCUGUGAAGAAUCAAAUCGUUCUCUUGGAAUUCCUUUAUACAAUCCAAGUAAAAAUAACACAAUUCAAAAGAAUAACUCAUAUCAAGGUGAUACAAUUGAAACACAAGAGAAGAUUAAUCCAGUACAUAAAAUGGAUACAGUGGACCAAAAAGUGUAUGAUAAACCAUUCUGUAGCACAGAUCUCCCAACUGGGAGUUAUCCCUAUAAAGAGACAAGCAUAGAUAUUACUCAAAAGACAGGAUUUAAUAAAUGUAUUAAAGUACAAAGAGAAAAAAUAUUCAGCUCAACUCUUUCUCAAGAUAUAAUAACAGUGGAAACCAAAGUCAACAAGCAAAAAGAUUCACCUGAAGAAAACUCUACAUACAGGAGAUUUCUGCUUAUUGACAACCAAGGUUUGCCAUACACCAUGGUAGUAGAGGAACCAGAAUUGACACAAACAAGUAAGCUAUCCAGUGAAACUAGUGCAGAUGUUAAACAUAUUGUGACUUCUAGAUCUUUGGCUCCUCGUAAGGUUUAUACUUGCCCAGUGUGCUUCAGAAUAUUUGAAUAUCUGUCUUAUCUCCAGAGGCACAGCAUUGCCCACUCACAACAAAAGCCUCACAUGUGCACGAUCUGUGGAAAAACUUUUAAAAGGACUUCCCAUCUUACCCGUCAUAAGUAUAUCCACUUUGGUGGAAAACUUUUCCAAUGCCAAGUUUGUCAGCAUAGAUUCCGAGACACAGGGGAACUUACACGUCAUCAGAAGAUUCAUACUUUUGAAAAUCAUCACCAAUCUGAUUUGUGCCAUAGGCACUUUGGGGAUCAAACCACCUUGCAACAUCAUAUUGAUUCCAAACAUGCUAAAUAGAUUAUUUGUGCCUCUCAUGCAUAUAUUAUUCACAAAACAAUUGAUGUAAUAACUUUUACUAUAUGCAGAUUCAGGUUAUGUUUGUACAUGGUAUUAAAUAAGUAACACAAUAUCCAUUGUAUAGGGUAGUGUGACGCUUAAAAAAAACAACAAAAAACCAUAGCUUUAGUAUUUGGAAAUUACAAUCCAAUUAAAAGCCAAGCAAAAUGGUGUGUGUGUGUGUGUGUGUGUGUGUGUGUGUGUGUGUAUAUAUAUAUAUACACACACAUACAUAUGGAGAUUUGCAUUUCAUUGUAGCAGUUUAGCUCUGCAGUAUAUAAAACUGUGCUUCAAUGUUAUUUUUAUGUGUGUAUACUAUGCCAUUAAAAUGAUACAUGUUUAUUACACUAAUAGGCAUGAUUAUUGCCUGAUUGUAUGGAAGAUGCAUAUAACUUGCAGAGAAGUUUUAACAGUAUAUUUUUUUUCUCAUUUAGUAGAACAAGCAUUGUAGAUGACUGCAGAAUCACAGUGAAAGUAAAUAUUUUUCUACUGUGACAAUGGUUCGGCCUUAAAUGUAUAUAUCACUAAGCAGCAUUGGUUAGGCCAUUCUAUAUUGAUUAGUUUUGGGACACCAUUCCUCCUAUACAUACAAAUGAGUGUUUUUUGUUUUUUUUUCUUGUUAUGAAAACAUCUUGUAUGUUGCAAUAAUUUUAUGUGAUAAAGUGACUUAAUUGGUUAUUAAUAUACAUGCGUUAUUGUCUUUUUCUAACAACAAAUAAAACUUUGAAAGG